ACGUUUGCUCACAAUUAUUGACCACCCUACUUUGCUGACUUUCUACUUUCAUUGCAUUUAUUCUCAAAGGUCUCCUUCAUAAUAGUUCAGCAUUCAUUAUAUCUAAACAAAUUUCUAAUCUUCUUAUCUUUUCAACUCUUUCUUUCUUUUCACAAAAAAAAAUGGCUGACGCUUUGCUUGGAGUUGUGUUUGAAAAUUUGACGUCUCUCCUUCAAAAUGAAUUUUCAACCAUUUCUGGAAUCAAGUCAAAGGUUCAAAAGCUAUCAAACAACUUAGUUCACAUCAAGGCUGUUCUUGAAGAUGCUGAGAAGAAACAAUUCAAAGAACUCUCUAUUAAGCUAUGGUUACAAGACCUCAAAGAUGCUGUUUAUGUGCUCGAUGAUAUCCUUGAUGAGUAUUCAAUCAAGUCUGGUCAACUUAGAGGAUCAUCCUCUCUCAAACCAAAGAACAUCAUGUUUCGCAGUGAGAUCGGCAACAGGUUAAAAGAGAUUACAAGGAGGUUAGAUGAUAUUGCUGAAAGUAAGAACAAGUUUUCUCUACAGAUGGGUGGAACUCUUAGGGAAAUCCCAGAUCAAGUAGCUGAAGGGCGCCAAACCGGCUCAAUUAUUGCUGAAUCAAAAGUGUUUGGACGAGAAGUUGAUCAAGAAAAGAUUGUCGAGUUUCUUCUCACCCAUGCGAAGGACUCUGACUUCAUUUCUGUCUAUCCCAUUUUUGGUUUAGGUGGUAUUGGAAAAACAACUCUUGUUCAAUUGAUCUUCAAUGAUGUUAGGGUGAGUGGCCAUUUUGAUAAAAAAGUUUGGGUUUGUGUUUCUGAGACUUUCUCGGUCAAGAGGAUUUUGUGUUCUAUUUUCGAAUCUAUCACAUUAGAGAAGUGUCCUGACUUUGAGUAUGCUGUAAUGGAAGGAAAGGUGCAAGGAUUGUUGCAAGGGAAAAGAUAUUUGCUGGUUUUGGAUGAUGUGUGGAAUCAAAAUGAACAAUUGGAAUCUGGGUUAACACAAGAUAGAUGGAAUCGUUUGAAAUCUGUUUUGUCGUGUGGAUCUAAAGGUAGUUCCAUUUUAGUGUCCACUCGUGAUGAGGAUGUUGCAUCAAUCAUGGGGACAUGGGAAAGUCACCGUUUGUCUAGUCUCUCUGAUAGUGAUUGUUGGUUGUUGUUCAAACAACAUGCAUUUAAACGUAACAAAGAAGAGGAUACAAAGCUUGUGGAAAUUGGAAAGGAGAUAGUAAAGAAAUGUAAUGGAUUGCCUCUUGCAGCAAAAGCAUUGGGGGGUUUGAUGAGCUCAAGGAAUGAAGAGAAGGAAUGGCUUGAUAUUAAAGACAGUGAGCUUUGGGCUUUACCACAAAAAAAUUCUAUUUUGCCUAAUGGAUUUAUUUCAUCUAUGGGUAAUUUGGACGUUGAUGAUGUUGGAAACACGGUUUGGAAGGAAUUGUACCAAAAAUCAUUCUUUCAAGAUAGAAAGAUGGAUGAAUAUUCUGGAGACAUUUCUUUUAAGAUGCAUGAUCUUGUCCAUGAUCUCGCUCAAUUAGUAAUGGGGCCAGAAUGUAUGUAUUUGGAGAAAAAAAACAUGACCAGUUUGUCAAAAAGCACACACCACAUUGGUUUUGACCUCAAAGACUUGUUAUCCUUUGAUAAGAAUGCUUUCAAAAAAGUUGAAUCCUUGAGAACAUUGUUUCAGUUGAGUUAUUAUUCCAAAAAAAAACAUGAUUUCUUCCCAACAUACCUUUCUCUUCGGGUUUUAUGCACAUCCUUUAUCCGGAUGCCAUCACUAGGGAGUUUAAUUCAUUUAAGGUAUUUGGAACUUCGUUCUCUUGACAUAAAUAUGUUGCCUGACUCAAUUUACAACCUAAAAAAGCUGGAAAUCUUGAAAAUAAAACACUGUGAUAAACUUAGCUGGCUUCCAAAACGCUUGGCUUGUUUACAAAAUCUUAGACAUAUAGUCAUUGAAUAUUGUGAAUCUUUGUCUCGUAUGUUUCCUAACAUUAGAAAAUUAACUUGUUUAAGAACAUUAAGUGUGUACAUUGUUAGUUUAGAGAAAGGGAAUAGCUUGACAGAGUUACGUGAUCUAAACCUCAGUGGAAAACUGAGUAUCAAAGGAUUAAACAAUGUUGCUAGUUUAUCUGAAGCUGAAGCGGCUAAAUUGAUGGAUAAAAAAGACCUUCAUGAAUUAUGCUUGUCAUGGGGAUACAAGGAGGAAUCUACGGUUAGUGCUGAGCAAGUACUUGAAGUGCUUAAACCUCACUCAAAUCUCAAAUGCUUGACAAUAAAUUACUAUGAAAGAUUAUCGUUACCAAGUUGGAUAAUUAUUCUUAGUAAUUUAAUUUCUCUUGAACUUGAGGAAUGCAACAAAAUUGUGCGGCUUCCGUUACGUGGUAAACUACCAUCUCUAAAAAGACUGAGAUUAUCUCGUAUGAAUAAUCUGAAAUACUUGGAUGAUGAUGAAUCUGAGGAUGGUAUGAAGGUGAGGGUUUUCCCAUCUCUGGAGAAACUCUUAUUAGAUUCUCUACCAAACAUAGAGGGGUUAUUGAAAGUGGAAAGAGGGGAGAUGUUUCCUUGUCUUUCUAGGUUGGAUAUCUGGAAUUGCCCUAAACUGCUUGGACUGCCAUGUCUUCCAUCUCUUAAAGAACUCGAGAUAUGGGGAUGUAACAAUGAGUUACUGAGGUCAAUCUCUACCUUCCGUGGUCUUACUCAGCUUUCCCUAUAUAACGGUUUCGGAAUAACAUCCUUCCCAGAGGGGAUGUUCAAAAACCUUACUUCUCUUCAAUCUCUGUCUGUAAAUGGUUUCCCAAAACUGAAGGAGUUACCAAAUGAACCCUUUAACCCAGCUUUGACGCAUCUGUGUAUCACUUAUUGUAAUGAGUUGGAGUCCUUACCAGAGCAAAAUUGGGAAGGUCUUCAAUCCCUUCGAACUCUAAAGAUUCGUAAUUGUGAAGGAUUGCGAUGCUUGCCGGAGGGUAUUCGACACCUCACAUCUCUUGAAUAUUUAUAAAUGUCCAACAUUUGUGAGAAGGGUGCAAAGAGGGAAUGGGGGAGGAUUGGGACAAGAUAGCUCAUAUUCCAAAAAUACAGUUUAAGUUUGAAUGGGAGGAUUAAGAAGCAGAGACGUUUACCCUUUAUCUGCCUUAAUCACCAUCGCAAAAAUAUAUUUUACUGUUAACUUCUUUGGAACCCAUUCCACAGAAACAGUUCCUGAGUACGUACAUGAAAGAUAUUUUACUGCUCAACCUACGGACAAUUGUUCUAAUUCUGGAUUUCCUUUGAUACACAAGGGUGGGGUCGACAAAUAAAGGGAGGGAUUAACAGGAACAAACGUACCUAAUGAUGAAGAUGACAUGGUUCGGGUCGGAGCUCAGUGCACAGUAGAAAGUCUGAUCAUCAAGCUUGUAAAAUAGCAGCAAUGGUUCCUGAUAGAGUUCUCUCCUUGGCUUUGCUAAAUGCAACAGGUGGAGAUUUUCAAUGUUUGCCAGAGAUUUUUAAAGAAUAUUGACGGUUGUCGAUGCAUGCACUAAACUCUGACCAACCUGUGAAGUAUUUCUCAAGACAGUUAUCUGGAAGAAGAUGAAUCACUUGCUUUCUCUGUUUUUGUAUGGAAUAUGUCUACGAGUAAAAUUAUUGUGAGAAUUGGGCCAUAUCUUUAGAAUUGACGCUGAGCUUGUUAAUGCAACAAAUCAAAAUUCUUGGUUCAAGCUAUUAGCCAGAUAUGUUGUGGAAUGCUGCUGAAUCGCAGCCAUGUUUGUGUCGGACAAUGUUAUUGAUCAAGUUGUGUUGUGUCCACUGCUUUUGCUGAAAGCAAGAGGAUACUUCAGCUGAACCACAGAAACUAUAAGAGGUGACACUUAUUUCGCUUCGAACUAUGGAUAUUGUUGAAUGUGAGGAAUUCAGAUCCCUGCCAUAAGACGAAAUCGAUUAAAAUUGUCAACCUUAUGGGUCAGAUUAUCGUUAUCGCAUCUCCACUUCCGUUGAUGCUGGUAUUGAUAUGGUGAUGGUCCUUCAUUUAUGAAAUAGCCCUUUCAUGUAUAAUAUAUUUAUGAAAGAGUCGGAGUUUCAUGUUCGAUCAGGGGAAACACCAAUAGCCGGAAUUGGCGACGUUGUUAAGAAAUAUUAGGAAUGAAGUUUGCUGCUGAAGAUUUCAAUUUCCUUUAACUGAUAGCUCUUUGCUGGUUAUGGUUAAUUUCAAGGCAAGGGACUGAACGUAUUUUGGCCUGAAAAAUCAAUCUCCAAAGAAGGCAGUGAACAAUGGUGAUCCAACACAUGAGCCAAACUCAAUUCCAACUAAUAACAGAUGUUGAAAAGAGUUAUAUAUAGCUUCUCCUAAGCCUCAGGAGGUUGUCCUUGAUUUUACAAUAUCUACUAAAUGGAAGGGGGUAGAGAAGUAUAUACCAUUGAUGUAACCAUCCACUAAGCAAUACACACAACCACAAAGGAUUUGAGGAGUUAAUGAAUAGUCCGGUGCAACAGUCGUGCGAAAAAAAGCAACAGAUGAAGUCUCAACAAACUUGAGUUCAUUAUCAUCAGCACACAUGAAUGAUCCUUAAGAAGGGACUUCAGCUUGAGGAUAUAUAAUAUUGAUUAACUUCGCAAAUUAGCUUCCACUGAAUAUAUUUAAGAACUCAUCCUUAUUUUAUUUCAAAUUCUUGUUUCUUAUCUGUUCAGUAAGUGAACUUGUUAUAAAUAUCCCUGUGUCUGGGAAGUUUGUUUAUAAUAAUUCGUGAUAAGAACUAGGAUUCGACAUAAAACAAAGUCAAUAGAAUUCUCGAUCUCUCAAACUCUGAAAUGCUUAUUAUUUUAAUGAUUCUAGCUAGAGCAAAGUGGUUGAUUUACUGCUUGCAGACGUUGCACAAAUGAAGGGUGGUUGUGCCUGAGUCGAACACAUCUGAUGUGAAAAUUGGAAAUAUUAGUGAAUAUACACUAUCAGCGUAAAA